GGGGCAGCGCGGGCGGCCCGGGUCCUAGUCUCGCGACUGCGGCGCCGGGGAUGCUGCCGAGCGGGAAGGCGGCGGGCGACGCGGCGGCGGGGCGCGCGGGCCUGCGGCGCUACCCCGCGCUCCCGGUGUGGGUGGUGGAGGAUCACCAGGAGGUCCUGCCUUAUAUAUACCGGGCCAUUGGCUCGAAGCAUCUUCCUGCCGGUAACAUAAGUUUUGUGCAUUUUGAUUCACAUCCAGACCUCCUUAUUCCUGUGAAUAUGCCAGCUGACACUGUGUUUGACAAGGAUACACUUUUCGGAGAAUUAAGUAUUGAGAAUUGGAUUAUGCCUGCAGUUUAUGCUGGCCAUUUUUCUCAUGUUCUGUGGCUUCAUCCCCCAUGGGCUCAGCAAAUCAGAGAGGGCAAACAUCACUUUUUAGUAGGCAGAGACACUUCUACUACAACAAUCAGGGUUACAAGUACAGAUCAUUACUUUCUAAGUGAUGGUCUUUAUGUAACUGAAGACCAGCUGGAGAACCAAAAACCUUUACAAUUGGAUGUAAUUAUGGUAAAACCUUAUAAACUCUGUAACAGUCAUGAAGAAAAUGAUGCAGUGUCUUCUGCUAAGAAGCCAAAGCUAGCACUGGAAGAUGCAGAAAACACUGCCUCUGGUAACUGUGACUCCUAUUCAGAAGGACUGGAAAAGGACACAGUGACACAGAGGAGGGGCCAGACUUGCCUAGAGCAAUCAUGUUCAUGUUUUUCUGAAAGCCAAGAAUGCCAGACUACAAUCAGCACUGGGGAAAUUCUGGAAAUUCUGAAGAAAGGGGAUGCAUUUGUUUUAGAUAUUGACUUGGAUUUUUUUUCAGUCAAGAAUCCCUUCAAAGAAAUGUUCACUCAGGAAGAGUACAAAAUCUUACAAGAGUUGUACCAGUUUAAAAAGCCUGGUACCAACCUGACAGAGGAAGAUUUGGUAGAUUGUGUUGAUACUCGAAUUCAUCAGUUAGAAGAUUUAGAAGCUGCUUUUGCUGAUUUGUGUGAUGGUGACAAUGAAGAAACUGUACAGAAAUGGGCUUCAAACCCUGGAAUGGAAUCACUAAUUCCACUUGUACAGAGUUUGAAAAAACGGAUGGAAGUACCAGACUAUGAAAUGGUUCACCAGGCUGGUCUAACCUGCGAUUACUCAGAACUUCCUCACCAUAUCAGCACAGAACAAGAAAUUGAGUAUUUUAUUCAGUCUGUAUAUUAUUUACUGAAAAAUUUACCAAAACCUACUCUUGUGACAAUUGCAAGGUCAAGUCUGGACGAUUACUGUCCUUCUGAGCAAGUUGACACCAUUCAAGAGAAAGUCCUCAAUGUGCUACGCUCCCUCUAUGGAGCUGUAGACAUUAACUUGGUGUAUUUAGCAGAAUGUUCUCCACCUUGAAACACCAAAACACCAGGCUCCUAUUACAUCUAAUUGUAAUAACAGGGUUUUCAUUAAUUUAUUUGUAAAUGAGUCUUCCAGAGAAGACUUGGUUUUUAUAUUAACUUUAAGUUAAAAUCGUUUCAGUAUUUUGAAUCUCAAGACAGGUAUCAUCAGUUGUUGAAUGAUGACAAUUUUUUUAACAUCAAGUCUACCCCCACCAUUUGUUGCUUAUUUUUCUUCCUUUCCACCAUUGUCUUCUUCAUUUUGUAAGGGUUGGUAUUUUUCCACUUUCCCUCUAGGCUAAUUGGACUGUACAACAUUCAUUCAUUCAUUUAUUCACUCAACCACCUGACAUUUAUUGAGCACUUACAAGUGCCAAACAUGAUUAAGUGCUGGGUGUAUGGUAAUGAACAGAAUAGACAAGGUCUCCUGCCCUCUUAGAGGACAGCUGAGAAACAAAUUCUGGAUUAUGAGAAGUAUUAUGAAGGAAAGGACAACCACAAACAUAUUUUAGGCUUUAGUACUCAGGGUAUCUAGGCUGUAUAAGAAAGUAACAUUCUCAAAAGCUACUACCAAAAAUAAAUAAAUAAAUAAAUAGAUAAACAAACUUGCAAUCCACAAAAAUAUUGCAGAAAAUCUACCUUUCCAAGACUGCCAGGGUUGUAGCCCAGCUCUCACAGUUGGGAUGGAAGAGUGAAGUCAACUAACAAAAUUUUCUUUGCUAAUCAGAAAAGUCCUUCAGGGUUUUCAGUGCCUCCGGAUGAUCAUCAGUAGGGCAUCGAUUAUAGUUCCUGAGUGCUACUUAAUUGGCAGCCCAGGUUGAUAAUUUCGUCAAAUAAGUUAGCUUUUAAUACAAAUAGAAAAAAGGAUAAAUUCUUAAUUCUGACCUACCGUAAAUACCCAAAGACUUAACUGCCUUCCAUCGGCCUCUCCGUGCAUAAGAGAGCCUGAGUCCCUCUUAAUCAGGGAACUUUUCAUUUGCUUAAUUUAUCAGUCUUCCCUCUUGAGUACUCCUCAUGUUCAGCAAUAAUUUUUACCUACCUGAUUUUUUUUUUAAUAGGAUGGUAUUUAGAGGGGGAAAAACACCCAUCCAUUCCUCGGUCCUAGCACAGCAAUUGUUUUCAUUUUUGCAUGUAAUUUUUGGGCUUUGACCACAUGUGUACAUGUUGAGUUGCAUGUAGCUACAAUUGUAGUGGUUACAUAACUUGAUGUCUAACACCGAGUCACAUUACCAUUGCCACUCAGUAGAUGGCACCAGAUCCCAUUUUUCCAAAAAUGCUGUUUUCCAGCACAUUUUUCUUGUCACCAAAUUGAUUUCCCAAGGCUGGUAGUGUGAAUGCCUAUUUCUGCUGUGAAAAACAAAGCAAAGUGAUUCAGCUUUCCACUUUGAUAGAACAUUAUGUGCCAAAAAGUUUUCUCUGUAAAUUCAGAAUUGCUAACAGUGCUGUUUAUUUUUAAAUUUCGAAAAAAUGUUAUUAGAGUUGUAAGUAGAUGUUACUUUUAUGAGUAAAUUAUUUUGUGUGCUAAAAGAAAUAAAAAAGGUAUGUUUUGAGGUUUUAAGGAUUUAAAACCAAACUAGCACUAGUUAAUUGUAUAUGAUCUCAGUGUGUACAUAGCACUGAUCUUAUGAAUCUGCUUGAGUAGUCAUUUAUUUAUGACGAUUCCCAUAACUCGAUGUGACUCAUCAUUGUUUUAACUCAGGUAAAAUAAAAGGGCAUCAAUUUA